UUCCGUGUUUCGUCACACACUGUUGUGCCUUGUCGGUGAAAGUCAACAUUAGAGUGACAAAUACAGAAAAAAUUAAAUCACAAUUUUGUGGAAAUAUUUUCGAUACAUAAGUAAAAAAACAAUUAUAAAUUAAUAAUUUUUUUUAUUUGGAAAUAAAAAUGGGUCGCGCAUUACAUUUUGUGUUUAAAAUUGCCGAACGUAAAUUAACUGCAAAAUUCUACCGGGAAAUACUUGGAAUGAAGGUUUUAAGACACGAGGAAUUUUCCGAAGGAUGUGAAGCUGCCUGUAAUGGACCGUACGCUAAUCGUUGGAGUAAAACAAUGAUUGGAUAUGGACCGGAAGAUUCACAUUUUGUCAUUGAAUUAACAUAUAAUUAUGGAAUUAAUUAUUAUCAAUUGGGAAAUGAUUUUCGUGGAAUUACCAUUAGAUCAAAGGAAGCGAUUCAACGUGCAAAAGCUGAUGGUUGGCCAAUGAAAGAGGAAAAUGGAAAAUUCGUUCUCGAAGCUCCUGGUGGUUAUAAAUAUAUUCUAAUUGAUGAAUCUCAACCACAAGAUAGAGACCCCGUGGAAAAAGUUACAUUAUCAAGUUCAAAUCUUCAGCGCAGCAUUGAUUAUUGGAAGGGAAUUUUGAAAUUAAAAAUUUAUAAAAAAAAUGAAAAAAGCGUCACCUUGGGAUUUGAUGAGGAUCAAGCAAAAUUAGAAUUUGAAGACAUAGGUGUUGAAGUAAAUCAUGCGAAAGCUUAUGGUCGCAUUGCCUUUUCAAUACCAUUUGAACAACAACCGGAAAUUCAGAAAAACAUCAAAGAAAGUGGAAACAAAAUUUUAACAGAUCUAAUUACACUAGAAACACCGGGAAAAGCUUCUGUUCGAGUUAUUAUUUUAGCCGAUCCGGAUAAUCAUGAAAUAUGUUUCGUCGACGAUGAGGGAUUUCGAAAGCUUUCGGUAACAGAUUAUCCAAGUGAAAAAAUUUUGGAUAGAUUUAUUUUAAAAGAAGAAAAAGCUGGACCAGAUGAAAUUCAAAAAACUUCUGCAUAAUAAAUUACAAAUAGUAAUUAAAAUACACUUUUUUACAAAAUUCGAUAAUUUUAAACAUUUCAAGUAUUUAGCUAACAGAUAAUAAUAUUAAUUUAAUAUUUUUUACAAAAACUAUUCAGUAUUAAAUAACUCAACAAC